GAAGAGUAGAAAUGUUCCGCGCUAGAGGAAUGAUCGUUGGAUGCGCUGGCGCUGGAAAAACAACUCUCCUUGAAAACCUAAAGAGGGUAAAAAGGAAUAAUGAAUUCGAAAAAACUGAGACAACUGUUGGCCUGGAGGUCCAUGAGGAUUUGUUCGAAAUCAUAGACGACAAGCUAAUGGAUUUCAGUACCAAUGAAGAUGGGCUGCCUAUCAGAGGAAUUCAAUAUGAGAGCAGUCAUGGGAAAAAGUUGAUUAGCAUGACUGACUUUGCAGGACAAGUAGCUUAUUAUGCCUGCCACCAAGUUUACUUGUCAAAAAGAGCGUUUUAUCUCAUUGUUAUCGAUAUGUCCAAAGAACUUAAAGAAAAAGUAUGCAAGCACAAUGUUGACCGUCAUAAUCCAAAAGGAUCUUUAUUCCAUGCAUGGAAAUACAAAGAAUGUGAUAUCGGCUUUUAUGGCACAAACUGUACAAAUAGAUGCUUAAACUGUCUAAAUAGUGCAUGUAACGCUGGCAACGGGAUUUGUAUUCAGGGAUGUGAAGACGGAUACAUGGGUCAAAGAUGUGAACAAACUUGCAUAACGGGACGGUUCGGGCGAAAUUGUUCUAGUGUGUGUAACCGCAACUGUAGAUUGAAAUCGUGUGAAAACACACAGGGUGGGUGCACAAAUGGUUGUGAACCAGGAUGGGAGGGAUUCAAUUGUUCAGAAGAAGCAUUGAAUUUGAAAAUAGCAGACUCAAGGAUAACUGAUGCAGAUAAAGGUGUUUUGGCUGGAUCAUUAGCUACAAGCAUCAUUUUUAUUGGUGCUGUUACAAUCACAAUCAUAAUCAUUAUUAGACGGAGAAGAAACACCAAAGAGAGAUACACUGCAAAUCAACAACAAGGUUCGGGAUCAUUGAAUUUAAACGGAUUUGAAGAAAAUGAAAUAGAUGGCUUUGAUAACCCUGUUUAUAUAACAAAUUCUUUGGAAAAAACACAUUCUCCAAGACACAAUACCCUGAAGAUUUUUGAAUUACAAGCCAUCAUUGAAUCUAUGCCAGUCAGCGAGAAUGUUUCAUUUAAAAGUGAAUAUGAGAAAAUACCAAAAGGAGAAUUGUAUCCAUGUACCGAAUGGAAAAAGGUUGAAAAUGUUCCCAAAAAUCGAUUCCUGUCUGCUUUACCAUACGACCAUUCCAGAGUUAUUCUUAAGAAAUCUUGUCCAGGGGAAUCGGACUAUAUAAAUGCAAAUUACGUAAAGGACGUUCAAGGACAAAAAGCUUACAUUGCCACACAAGGGCCAAAACCAAAGACAUUUACCGACUUCUGGAGAAUGGUUUCGCAGGAAAACGUUUCAAUAAUUGUUUGUUUAACUAAUUUAAAGGAUGGUAUAAAGGCAAAAUGUGCACUUUAUUGGCCAAAUGCAAAUAGUAGAAUACAAAAUGGUUAUUUGUCUGUUCAACACCGAGAUGAAAAAGUAUAUGCUAACUACAUAGUCAGAAGAUUUUGGAUCCAGAACAUCUCUAACAAUUCGAAACGUGACGUCAUCAUGUUCCACUUCACGCAGUGGCCUGUUCAUGGUGCCCCAGAACCACUAAGUCUCGUGAUAUUUCAUCGUCACGUGAUGAAGAUGUCUAGAAUAUACCGGGGAAAAUAUACAUUAGUACAUUGCAGUGCGGGGAUUGGUAGAACCGGGAUUUACAUUGCGCUUGACGCCCUCUAUCGGCAGGCUGAAGAAACUGGAGAAAUUGAUGUUCCUCAUUAUUUGGAAAGUAUGAGAAAAGACCGAAUGAAUAUGAUGCAGGGGGAGAGACCAAUAUUACCAGUACCUGAUCACUCUGUGCCUAGGUCUGAUCAUAAAUGUUUCCUUUGUCUAAUGGAAUAA